UUUUGCUUUUUUGUAAUUGCACUUCUGUUGCAGUCAAAAUGGUUUACAGUGGUUACGGCGGUUUGCGCGAUCAAAAUUUUCUCCAAGAAUCGUGAGAGAAAUUUCUUAAUUGUUGUAAUGUUGGAAUAACUUCUACAUCAUAUUAUCAGACAAGAAGAUAUCAGUAUUAUGGUUGACACAUAGGUUUGCUUACCCUAAAUUAUCAUGGCCUCUGUCGGGUCAGGCCAAGGCGCUAGUCACUUUGAGAAGGGGCGUAUCCAUGCACUACAGGAGGAACGCAUCGCCAUUCAAAAGAAGACUUUCACUAAAUGGAUCAACUCACAUUUGUCAAAGGCAAACCUGCACAUUGAGAACCUGUUUGAAGACCUCCAUGAUGGGAAAGCACUGAUGCGUCUUCUUGAGGUUAUAUCGGGUGAGUCGGUAGGAAGACCCAAUCAUGGCAAGUUACGGGUGCAGAAGAUGGAGAACAUUAACAAGGCCCUCCGGUUCCUCUCAUCUAAGAAAGUACGUCUAGAGAGCAUUGGUGCAGAAGACAUUGCUGAUGGAAACACUCGACUGAUCUUAGGUUUAAUCUGGACUGUCAUUCUUAGAUUUCAGAUUCAAGACAUUCAGGUUGAAGAUGAUGGAUCAACUGAAACGAAAUCUGCAAAGGAGGCAUUGUUGCUAUGGUGUCAAAGAAAGACAGCAGGUUAUCCUGGAGUGGAUGUACGUAACUUCACUAGCAGCUGGCGAUCUGGUUUAGCCUUCAAUGCACUUCUUCAUGCUCACAGACCAGAGCUAUUGAACUUUGAAGUAUUGAAACAUCAGAGUAAUAUAGACAAUCUCAACAAUGCUUUUAAGUUGGCUCAUGAGAGGCUUGGUAUAGCACGACUGCUCGAUGCUGAAGAUUUAGAUGUAGAGAGACCAGAUGAGAAAUCAGUGAUGACAUACGUUGCUGCCUAUUAUCACUAUUUUGCUAAAAUGAAGACGGAGAAAACAGGUGGCAAAAGAAUUGCAAAGAUUAUCAGUCAAAUCAAGGAGAUAGAUAAUCUUCAGGAUGAAUAUGAGAGAUUGGUAAGUGAUCUAUUAGAAUGGAUACAGAGUACAACAAGAAAGCUGAGUAAUAGAGAUCUACCAAACCUACUAGCCGGGAUUCAAGAAGAGAUGGCUAGAUUCAAAACAUACAGGAUGGUAGAGAAACCUCCAAAGUAUGCUGAGAGGGGGAACAUAGAAGCCACAUUAUUCAGUAUUCAGACCAAGAUACGAGUGUGCAGACGCAAGAUAUAUGUUCCUCCUGAGGGCAAACUCAUCAAUGACAUAGAGAAGAAAUGGGCUCUUUUAGAAGAAGCAGAGCACAAGAGGGAGACUGCACUCCGAGAAGAACUAGCCCGGCAAGAAAAACUUGAGAGGCUUGCCGAGAAGUUUGAGAGAAAGGUUCUGUUGAGAGAAUCGUGGUUAGAAGACAUGAUGAGUGUAUUGAUUGAGAGUGUAACGCCUAGUAGUGAUGUACAUGCAGUAGAUGCAGCCACUAAAAGACACGAAGCCAUAACAGCUGAUGUCAUGGCCAGGAAAGAAAGAUUUGCCGACUUAGAAUCCAUGGCACUGGAGCUAGCCAAAGAGGGCUACCAUCGAGAGAGGGAGAUCACUAAAAGGUCAGGGGAGGUCAGUCGAAAAUGGAAGGAACUACUUACACUGUUAGACAAGAGGAAGACUAUAUUGAAAGGGGUCAAUGAACUUAUGGACAUGUUUCGAGAAGUGGAUGGUAUCAUGGCAGAAAUGGAAGAAAUACAGGUAACUUUACAUUCCGACGAGAGAGGGAAACAUCUUCAAGCUGUUGAAGAUCUUCUUCAGAAACAGAGUCUAGUUGAUACCCAGAUCGCAACACAAGGAGAGAGGAUCAAUCAAGUUAAUAUCAUUGCCGAUAGAUGUCUUCAACAAGAUCAUCCAGAGAGUCCAACAAUUAAAAGGAGAACAGUCGACCUCAAUGUCACUUACAACGCAAUCAAAGAGAUGAGUCAUAUCAGGAAGUCUUGCCUGGAGGAUUCCUUGAAGUUCUUUCAGUUUAUGAGAGACAGUGAAGAGGAAGAGUCUUGGUUGAUGGAGAAACAGCGCAUAGCCAAGUCAGCCGUAACUGGACGUGAUCUACGCAGUGUGCUUAGUAUGAAACAGAAACAUGCAGUGCUUGAAGCAGAAGUAAUGGCCAGACAACGGACGGUCCAAGGAGUACUGGACACCGGUCAAGAGUUAAUUGAUACCGGUCAUCCAUCUAAGCGUAAGAUCAAGACACGGAUGGAGAGCGUUGGAGAGAAGAUGGAGCAUUUGAAGGAGUAUGCAGAAGGAAGGAAGCUCAGGCUACAGAUGGCUGUACAAUCUCAUGAGUACUACAUUGAUGCUAAUGAAGCUGAAUCGUGGAUGAGAGAGAAGAUGCCAUUGGUCUGCAGUGAUGACUAUGGGAAGGAUGCGGAUUCAGCUAAGACUAUGCUGCAGAAGCACACAAUACUGCAUGAAGAGAUACAGGCUUAUGAGAAUGAGGUGGUACAACUCAGAGAAAAUGGAGAGAAGAUGAUGACCACCAUCAAAUCUAAUCAAACAAAGAUGCAAGGGAGAUCAUCACCCCUGAUGGAUGAGGAAUCCUUUACAACGGAGACGGUCGAUGUUUCUUAUGAGGUGGAGGAGGAAGAGACCGUUGAACGAGAGGUCAUCAAGGAAGUGAUUGAAGAGAGGAAGUAUCCUCAGGUCAAAGCCUUGUAUAACUACAAAGGAGAAGACAUGAAGAUAGCCAAGGGAGAGAUAAUGAUCUUGAUUGAGAAGAGCAACACUGAUUGGUGGAGUGUGAGGAGAGGAAACGCCCAAGAGGGCUUCAUCCCAGCAAACUAUGUCAAAGAGGUCACUCCAAAGGUUGUGAAGAAGAAGGUCAAGAGAAAGGUCAAAGUUCCCGAGAAGGUCAUGGUGAAGAAGACAAAGAUCAGACAGGAGAUAAUCAAGAAGAAGAAACCAAAGGAUAGGAAGAGUGUGCUAUCAAGGUCUGGCAGUGUCAGGAGACAGAGCCAUCAUUUUGAUGAAGACAACAUUGAGUUAAGACUAGCCUCCAUCAACGGCACAUACAAGAGACUACGCAAACUGAGUGAGGCUAGGUCUAGGUACUUGGAGGAUGCCAUCAAAUUGUUCACAUUCUACCAUGAUUGUGAUGAAUUCCAAGAUUGGAUGAGGGAGAAGGAAAAAGCCUUAAAGAAGAAGGAGAGCUUCUCGGAGCAUGUUGAAGCGACGAAAAGAAAGUUUGAGAACCUGCUGACGGACCUGGUAGCAAACCAAGGCAGAGUAGAGAGAAUAAAUAAGAUGGCCGACAGGUUUGUGGAGACGGGCCAUAGCAAACAAGGUGACGUCAGGAGUAGACAGAAGGAAGUCAAUCAACAGUGGCAGAGAGUUCAACAACUAAAAGCUGAUAAGGAAAAGAUGCUUGAAGGAGCCUCAAGUAUUGAGCUUUACAAUCAUUCAUGGGGUGAGACCAAGGAAUGGAUAAUGGAUAAAUUCAAAGCUUUGACCUCCGACGACCCUGGCAACCAAACCCUACCGGCCGAGGCUUUACAAAGAAAGUAUGAAAACCUACAGAGAGAACUCACACCCGUCAUGGAUAAACUACGCAAACUGGGCCUCCUCGCCAUAGCUGUAAAAACUUCCUAUCCUGAUGAGGGUGACCAUAUCAGCAAUCGUCAGGAUGAGAUUAGUAAGCUUUGGGAUAAUCUAGAAGAUAAAGCUACUGAGAGGAAGACACAGCUGGCUCAGUCUAGGGAUAUCACUACAUUUCACAAUGAAUCGAAAGAAUUGAUUACUUGGUGUAAUGAGAUGAAUGGUAAACUCUUGGACACCGAGCUAGCUAAAGAUGUAGUCGGUUCAGAAGACUUGCUGAAGAGACAUGGUGAUCUUCUACAGGACAUUCAAGCUCAUGAAGAUAAAUUCACCAAACUAAGCAAGCUAGGACAGCAGCUCCUGAAGACGUUGCCCGAUUCAGUGACGAUCGCACACAAAGUAGAGAAGCUUUCAACGAUGAAAGAGAGUUUGGCAACACGAUGGGACAAGAGGAAUAAGCAGCUUCAAGAUGCUCUGGAUUUAGCUAUUUUAAAUCGAGAGGCAGAUCAGAUUGACGUUACAACCAGUGGUCAUGAAGAUUUCCUAGACUUCAAUGAUUUAGGGAGCACAGUGGAGAGUGUCAUUUCGUUACUCAAAAGACAUGAAGACUUCAUGAAGAAGUUUGACCUUCAAGAGGAGAAGGUCAAAGGUCUGAAAGACAUGGCUCAAUCUCUCAUUGACAGAAAACACUAUGCAAAGAAUUAUGUUGUUUCUCGGAGAGAUGAAGUAACAGAACGGAGGAUUGCAGUUAAAGAGAGAAGUGAGCAAAGAUACCAAGCCCUUAAAGAAUCGAAAGAACAUCAAGAGUUUGUCAGAGAUGCUGAUGAGAUAUCUUCCUGGCUUGCUGAAAAGUUUGAAAUAGCUGAUGAUGAAUCAUACAGAGAACUAACCAAUAUACCUGGGAAGGUUAAGAAACAUCAAGCUUUUCAAGCCGAGAUAAUAGCAAACAAGGAAAGGCUAGAUAAACUAAAUGAGACUGGGACUGCCCUUGUUGAUUCUGUCAAUGCCAACUCAGAGGAGAUCCAGGUCUUGCUGCAGGCCAUCAACUCCCGCUGGAUGGACCUGAGCACCAGGGCUGACGAGAGAGGUGAGAAGCUCCAGCAAGCCGUGGAGGAGCAGGAGCUGAUACGGGCGAUGGAAGAUUCAGCGGCGAACAUCCAGGAGAUCGAGAUUGCUAUGACAUCACAGGAUGUGGGACAUGAUCUGAGGAGUGUCAAGAGUCUCCUUAAGAGACAACAGGUAUUGGACGCAGAGAUGUCUCUUCAGGCUGAGAGGAUGAAGAAGCUAUCCCAGAAUUCCAAGAAACUGGCAGAUCAAGGUCACUUUGACAAAGACAAGAUCAAAUCUGAGACAGCAUAUUUUACACAGAGGUUCAAUGAGUUGGAAGGUCCAGCCGAGAAGAGGCGUAAGAAGCUGGAGGAAUCCUUGAGGGUGCAGCAGUUCUACCACGAUGUAGAUACGGAGCUUCAGUGGAUCAAAGACCACUCCCCUGCUGCAAGCUCCACCAACUAUGGAAGGGACUUUACUUCUACACAGAGCAUGUUAAAGAAACAUCAGAAACUUGAAGCAGAGAUAACUGGGCACCAGCCUGUUAUUGACAAGGUCCUUAGUACGGGUCAGCAUCUUAUUGACUCUGGUCACUUUGCCUUACAUGAAGUCCAGGAACGGUGUCAGGAUCUGUCCCUGUCAUGGGACCAGUUACUAGACCAGGCCUUGGCAAGAAAGAACCAUCUAGAUAUGGCAUUUGAAGCACAGAAAUACUAUUCUGAAGCAGUUGAAGCAGAAUCUUGGAUGACUGAGAAACUCUCCUUGGUUAUGAUCACUGACUAUGGCAAAGAUGAAGAUGCUACUGAAAAGAUGCUUGCAAAGAAUAAGGCUCUUGAACUGAACAUAGAACACUAUGAGAGUGUGAUCAGGUCACUGGGAGACAGGAAGAAUCGGAUGGUAUCAUCAAGAAACCCUGAGGCUGAAGGCAUCACUGAAAAACAGGAAGAGCUUGUUAACCAGUACAAGAAUGUGAUGGACCAGGGAUCCCACAGAACGUUCAAACUAGAACAGACCAAGCUGAUGCAUCAGUAUGUACGUGAGAGUGAUGAGCUUGGGGAAUGGAUCGAAGAACAGUAUCAGGUGGCCAGCUCAGAGGAAUAUGGUCAGGAUUAUGAACACUUGGAGGAGCUGAGCAAGAAGUUUGAUGAGUUUUGUCGGCAUGUAGAUUCUGGCAUGGAUCAGUUUAAGAGAUGUGAUAAGCAAGUCCAGAGUCUGGUUGCGGAAAGAUAUGAGCAGAGUGAUUCAUUAAUAGAAAAACAGGAUAGUUUGCAACAAGCUUUGGACAUGCUAAUGGAUAGGAUUAGUAGUAGGAGAGAGAAGUUAGAAGCGGCAAGACAGAUCCAUCAGUUUAACAGGGAUUAUGAAGAAGCUAUGUCAAGGAUACAGGAGAAGUAUGCUAUCAUACCUGAUGAGCUAGGUAAAGAUGUAAACUCAGUACAGUCAUUAGUGAGAAAGCAUGAGGCCUUCGAGAAUGAUCUAGUAGCUCUGGAACAACAGUUACAAAGCCUAGUGAAUGAAGCCGUUCGUCUACAAGACGAGUAUCCUGGAGAGAAUGCUAUGCAGCUUGAAGAACAACAAGGUGUGAUGGUAGCUGACUGGAAUCUCCUACAGGAGAGGGCUACAGAGAGAAGAUCAAGUCUUCAAGCAGCCAAUGACUUCCACAGACUCAUGGCUACGUGCAAAGACUUGAUCAAAUGGUCUGACAACAUGAAUGCAGAGAUACAAUCUGAGGAGCCCAUAAAGGAUGUUUAUACUACAAUGAGUAUGAUUAACAACCACGCCCAACUGAGGUCAGAGAUUGAAGCUAGAGAAGAUAACUUUAGUUCCUUGGUUCAGGCUGGAGAGAUUCUCAUUCAACAGGGUCACUUUGCUCGUCAAGAGAUUCAAGAGAGAAUAGAGGCAGUGCUGCAAGCCAGAGAGGAUCUCCAUGGAGGAUGGCAGAAUAAGAAAGUCAAACUAGAUCAAUCCCAUCAACAGCAGCAGUUCUAUAGAGAAGCUAAGAUUCUUGAAACACUUAGCAGCCAACAAGAGGUGUAUCUCCAAAGCAGUGAUAUGGGAGCUACUGUGGAAGAAGUUGAAGCGCAGAUCAAGAAACACGAAGCAUUUGAGAAAGUACUUGCAACUCAAGAAGAGAAGACAAGCACACUUCAGGUCUUUGGUAGUCAGUUGAUGGAAGAAGGACAUUUUGAUUCACCUGGUAUCCAAGAGAAACUCAAAGAAGUCACUAAAAGACGAGCAAGGCUUCGGGAUCUGAGUGCUGAAAGGAGGCAUAAGUUAUCAACUGCUAAGCUGUACGCUCAGUUCAAUAGAGACAUUGCAGAAGCUCAGGCAUGGAUUGGUGAGAAAUGGAAGACGUUCGGAGAUGGUGGUUUUGAAUCAUGUAGUAAUCUGAGGGAGAAAAUGAAGAGACUUCAGAAACAUCAAGCCUUUGAAGCUGAAAUCAAAGCCAAUGAAAAGCUCAUCUCAGAUGUUAAACAGGAGGGGGAAUCCCUAUUGAAGCAGCAGCAUUCCGACUCGGUAAACAUCAAGCAGAGAAUGUCCGAUAUGAUGAAAUCCUGGAACGACGUUAGACAAGCAUCCGCCAAGAGAGGGCAGCAUUUAGAAGAAGUGCGAGACUUGUUGGAGUACAACCAAAUGGCAGAGAAGACUGAGAAGUGGACAAGAGAGAAGGAAGUGAUGGUAUCUGCCCAUGAUGUUGGUAAUGACUAUGAGCACUGUAUGGAACUACAGAAGAAACUCAAUGACAUCGGUUCAGAUCUAUCAGUGGAUGAUGUGUAUGUAAAUCAGAUGUGUGAUUUGGGUGAAAGACUCGUGAAAGAUAAUAACCCUGAUCAGACGAACAAUAUCAGAAAGAGGACUGAGGAUAUCAAAACAAGCUGGCAAGCUCUUCAGUCUGGUCUGACCAAGUAUCGUAAAGAAUUGACCGACGCUGCUGAUAUACAUGCAUUCAAUAGAGAUAUUGAUGAUGUCAUGGAGAGAAUCAGUGAAAAGAGGAAUGCUAUGGAUAUAGAUGAGGUAGGUAAAGAUGUGAGCUCAGUAGAAUCACUUCAAAGAAGACAUGGCGAGAUCGUCAGGGAUUCUACAGUGAUACAAACCAGACUCAAGGAGUUGAAGAAUGCUGCUGCAGUUCUGGGCAGGAAGCAACCCUCCCAGAAGGCAGCAGUCCUAGCAACGGAACAGGAAGCAGAGAGGCAGUGGGAUGCCCUAUGUGAACUUAGCCAGCAGCGGCAGGAGAAGCUAGCCAGCUCCCUCAAUCUACAACAAUUCUACAAGGACUAUAGAGAAAUGAUGAGUUGGACUGGUCAGGUGAUCAAUCACAUGACUUCUGGUGAGCUUGCCAAAGCAUCAAGUGAAGUGGAGAAUUUAUGUGAGCUUCAUAAGGAGAGAAAGGCUGAAAUAGAUGGUCGCAAUGCCAAGUUCGAGUCUCUGCAUGAGACCGGGUCUUCCUUGGUAGAUGAAGGUCACUACGCUGCUGCUGAUAUCAAACAAUGCUUGGAGGAGCUGACCGCAAGCAAGGCUCAGGUAGAGACAGGCUGGGAGCAACGCAAGACACUCCUGGCUCAGUGUUUGGAUCUUCAAGUGUUCAAGGAGUACAUGGAACAAGCAGAUAGCUGGCUGGCAACCAAGGAAGCCUUUAUUACACAGGAGGAUGCAGGGGAUUCCCUCACCAUGGUGGAAUCUAUGGCCAGAAAACAUGAAGGGUUUGAGAAGACGUUAGAGAGCCAGGUAGAGAAGAUAGAUGAGCUACAGGUCUUUGCGUCUCAGCUUGUAUCAGGAGGACAUUAUGAUUCUGGAUGGGUACAGUCUAAAUGUCAGGCCAUUGCAGACAGGAGAGACAAACUCUACAAUGAGACAGAAGCGAGGAGGAAACGUUUGACUGAAUCCCUUGAGAUGCAUCAGUUUCUACAGGACAUCUAUGAGGUUGGGUCGUGGAUCAGCGAAAAGACUCAGAUUGCUUGUGAUGAGUCGUUCCGUGAUGAGAGCAAUCUAACCCACAAACUGCAGAAACAUCAAGCCUUUGAAGCAGAGCUACUCUCCAACAGAGGAAGGGUUGAUUCCAUUCAACAGCGUGGUGAAGCUAUGAUUGAAAAGGAGCACCAUGCAGCUGCUGAUAUCAGAGAGAAACUGACCGAACUUGAACAGAGAUGGCAGCAUCUAAUGGAUAGGUGUGCUUGGAAGCAAGAUCAUCUACAACAAGCUUACAAGGCCCAUGUUCUUCAGCGUACUAUUGAUGAAAUGAGUGAUUGGUUGAAUGAGGUUGAGAAUCAUCUUCAGACCAGUGAUGUAGGCAAAGACAUGGCUAGUGUCAAACAUCUUAUCAAGAAACAUCAGGCUGUGAAUCUUGAUGUUGAAUCAUACGAGGAGAAAGUGAUUGAAAUCAAACAAACAGCUGAGACAUUCAAAGGAGAGGAAAACUUCCUAGCUGAUGACAUGAUUGAGAAAACAGAUACGGUCUACCAAAGGUAUGAUGCUGUCAAUGAGUUGGCUGCGAAGAGACAGAAGCAGCUCGAUGAUGCCUUCACUCUUUACAAGUUCUUGCGGGAUGUUGAUGAUGAGUUGUCAUGGAUACAAGAGAAGAUGACGUUAGCAUCAUCUACCGACUAUGGCAGCUCAUUGACUGCUGUACAAAACCUUUUCAAGAGACAUCAGAUUUUGGAGAGUGAGAUAACAGCUCAUGAGCAGUUGAUUAGUGCUGUGUCGAACACAGCUCAUCAGCUGGUGGAUACCAAUCACUAUGGCAGCAAUGAAAUCAAAGACCAGGAAACAGUUCUGAAUUCAAGAUGGAGUCAACUCAAAGAGGCUGCUACGGGCAGAAAGAGGAAACUCUCUUCUGCAUUGGAUAUUCAGAAGUUUUUCUCUGACCUGAUGGAAGCUGAAUCCUGGAUGAAUGACAGGCGCCCUCUCGUGACCAGCACAGAUUAUGGCAAGAAUGAAGACUCGGUAGUGUCUUUAUUGAAGAAGCUAGAUGGUUUGGAGCUUGAUCUAGAGGGUUACUCAGGAACCCUACAAGCUUUAGCAACAACUGCCAGCAAUCUAUCUGAUCCAUCUAACCCUGCUGUGAAGGAUGUAAAGAAAAGACAGACUGAGAUAGAGAAUGAGUAUCAGGAGAUUCUGGACCUACUUGAGUCGAGGAAACAAGUGUUGAUGGGCCAUCUUAAACAGUUUGAGUUUCUAAGAGAGAUGGAUGAGAUGAUGGAUUGGAUCCAGGAGAAAGAGGUCCUGGCCCUGUCUGAGGACUAUGGAAAGGACCUGGAACAUGUUGAGAUAUUGCAGACAAGGUUCAAUAGUUUCACUAAAGACAUCCUGACCAACGAAGGUCGUAUCAGAGCUAUAGGUAACAAGGCAAACACCCUUAUCAAGAGCGGUAUUGAUGAGGAUGAUACCGUAGCAACGAGAUGCCAAGAGCUUGAGAUCAGAUGGGAUGAACUCAAGGAGGCUACUAAUGCCAGAACACAGGCUCUAGCUGAUGUGCGAGUAGUCCAUGCCUUUGAUCGAGACAUUGCUGAGACCUUAGCAUGGAUACAAGAGAAAGAUACAGCUAUAUCCAGUGAGGAUUAUGGUCAUGAUCUACCCAGUGUUCAAGCUUUGGUCAGAAGACAUUCAGGCUUUGAGAGAGACCUUGUCGCUGUUGAAGAGAAGGUAGAAUCCACCUCGGCUCAAGCAGCCCAGCUUGUUGAGGAAUACACGGACGCUUAUCAGCAUAUCAGUGAGGAGAAUGAUACUAUGGUGUCUGCAUGGAAUAUGUUACUAGAGAGAGCUGCUUUGAGGAAAGAUAGAUUGAUGCAAGCAGAACAACUUCAGCUUUACUUCAAUGAAUUCAGGGAACUCAGUACAUGGAUCAAUGAGAUGAAUGCCUUGCUUUCGUCAGACGAGACGCCCCAUGAUGUAAGCAGCGCCGAAGCUCUACUCAACAAACACUCUGAACAUCAACUAGAAAUAUCCCUUCAUGCUACCAACAUUGCUCAGUUCAUUGAAGCUGGUAACAAACUCAUUGAGGAUGAUCACUUUUUAGCCAAGGAAGUUGAAACAAAAGUAGAACAACUGGACCAAGCCUGGAUCAAUUUAAAUGCUAAAUGUGAUGAGAGAAGAAAGAACUAUGAGGCCAAACUAGAUACAUUCCUGUUACAGAGAGAUCUAGAAGGAGCAGAAUCUUGGCUCAAUGAUAAAGAUCCUAUUCUUGAAGAUCAGUCCUUCUUGGAUGAUUCUUGUGAUAUCGAAGAACUGUUGAAGAAACAGGAAGACUUUGAGAAGAUGAUCGAAGCGCAGGAGGAAAGGUUUGCUGCCCUCACAAGGCUGACAAAGGCCGAGGCAAAUCGCGAUGGCGGUCACACAACCCUCGAUGAUGUCCUAAGAGAAUUUGACAAGGUGGAGAAGAUGGGAGCUCCCCCUAAAGGCAGAGGUCUUCUCAACAGUCAAUUUACAAUAGAGGAAGAAGAUGAAGAGGUAGAGGAAGAAGAGAGAAAAAAUGUUCUCCAAAAUGAAAAUAUCAGUGACAUGCUGGAUGAAAUGUCAGGCAUUCAACAAGUUAAUGCAAGCAAGCCUCAGUCUGUUGGCUCCAAAUUUGAUCAAACCGACUUGGUGUCAUCGAAGCAAACCUCCAGUCAGGAAGCUGUUUCCUCAUCUGUUACUAAGCAACCAAUGCAACCUGCACCCAAGCCCUUCAGACCACCUCUAACCUCCACAAAGACUGGUGUGCGUGCUAGUAAGCGUGAUGAUGAUGAUGAUGCAGAGAAGAGUGGUAAUACAGGAAAGAUGAUACCAGAUGGUGCUGCAAAGGAGGAUGAAGAGGAAGAUUUAGAUGAGGCCGCAGAGGCGUCACUCCGAUCCAGGAGGAGGAUGCUGAUCCCGAGGAUAAGCAUCACCAUGUUUGAUGACGAGCUUCCGGAGAGCUUUGGUGCCCCCGAUGAGGCUGAUAUGAAGAAGGAUGAAGCAGACCAGAUAGACGAGAUUAUAAGACAGAAUUCUAUCGAAGAGGAGGAGGAGGAGGGGGUCAAUGAUGAUGAUCUCCUUGAUGAAGACUAUCCUCUUGAUGAUGAUGAUUUAGCUUUCCAGGACAGCGAUGAUAGUGACCCUGUUGAUGACCAAGAAUUUGAUGAUGCUGAUGAUUUAUUACGUCACCCUGACAUAUCACCAUCUGUAGACUCAUCUAGAAAUCAACCUGAGACGGGGUCAUCUGCUUCAUCUAAAGAAACAAUUAAGACUUCCAGACAUCCACUGGGACCAAGACCACAAACUCUGCCUCCCGCUCCCCCAAACUUCGAUCCUCAAGGACAAAAUUUGCCCCCUUCCAACAGAACGUCACAGUCCUCUACAGGCAUUCCCUCAUCUACAAAUGGAGCUUCAAGCCGUGCGAGUGGAGGUCAAAGGUCACCAAGGUCUUUCCAAGAUAUGACAACCCCGAAGCCAAGGGUUGGUAAAGUAACCGCUGAGCCCCCACCUCCAAUACAGGUGGUUGAUCUGAAAGGACGAUCUCCUCCCUCCGGUGGAAGCAAAGAAAAAACAAUCUCUAUCAGUAGCAUCUUCAAAAAGAAAAAAUAAAUCACUGUCACUUCUGGUAAGGUAUGAAAAUUAUUAGUGACUUUCAUCUUUCUUCAUAGAGUAUCUCAACCGAUGGUUGACAAACAACAAUACGGUGUCUUUAAAGGAGAGAAAUGCAAACAAAAAUAUGUGAGUCGGAGAGUCUUCAAUCAUCGUUCUUCUCUCAUGUACGAUUAAGACGCAUUUCAAGUGUUUUAUGUAAAUGAGAUUGCAGAAAAUAAUUCUAGUUGAAUUAUCAUUAAAAAAAAAUAUUCCUCUUUAUGAAAUGCUUCUUCCUGAUUUUCAUCAAGACUCCAUGAUAUUUUGACUCAUUCCAUUGAUGGUUGAUAAACAACAAUAUGGUGUCUUUAUAGAAGAGAAAACCAAACGUUAUUAAUAGGCCUGUGUCAUCACUUUUUGGUCCCCUAAUUUCCUCGAAAGGUUGGGUCUAGUUUACCUGACCAUUUGUAUAUUUGCCUUAUAAUUUUCACAAAGCAUUGGGUAAACUGGACCCGACUUUUCAGGAAUUUAUGGGACCUUUUUCUCGAAUGGUCAGUUACGUGAUUGGCUGACUGGACACGAUACUCCAAAGUGAUUGCACAAGCCUAUUGAAAUGUGACUCAGAGUCUUCAAUCAUUAAUAGGCUUCUGUUCAAUAUCAUUAAAACUUAUUUCAAAUGUUUCAUGCUAAUAGAUUUGCAGGAUAGAAUGCCAAAUAAUAUUUACAUUCCAUUUGAAUUAUAACAAAAAAGAAUUCCAGAUUCCUCCUUACAAAAUAUUUCUUCCUGAAAUGUGCGUAUGAAUUUUCUUCAUAACUCAAAACCAAGAGAUACAUUUACGGUUUGUGGCCUUGAUAUUUUGACACGUCUAUUCCUUUUUUUUUUCUUAUCAAGUUGUAAAGAAUAUGUACUUUCUUAAAUAUAUCUGCCUUGCUACUAGCUCUUUCUGAUUAUAUACUGAAAUAUAUUCUACUACGAUAUUAUGGUACUUAUUGAUUCUUGGUUGAUGCUAUUAAUACUUGUAUAAUAUAUUGUUAGAUAUUGUAAGAUUUGAAUGAGAUGAUAAGUGCCAUUGUAUUAAUGUCUUCGUUUGUAAAUGUUGGUUUUCCUGAAUCAAUCAAACUAUUUUUUUUUUAAUUACACACUAAAAGCUGCACAGAUUAAGCCCCUAUAUACCAAAGGUGAUUCUAUCUACAUGUAAGAUUAGUUAUUAACUCCAAUAUUUUCCAAUUGAAUGAAUGUAUAAAUUUAUUUUUGUUAAUUUGAUGUCAUAAUUUAAUUUCGUAACAUUUGACAUCAUAAUGGUAUUCAUUUCUAAAAAGAGAAUAUGGUUCAUAUGGCAUGGGCUAUAGACAAAAUUCCUUUUUUCUUUCUUUUCAGUUUUAUUCCAGAGAAUAAAAAAGGGACCUUUAUUUCAUACCAAAUGAUUUAAAGAUCAGAACAAAUCUUACUCUUCUACAUACAUAUAGAAUACAUCUUCAAAACAUACAUUUUUACAUAUUUUCUUUGUAAUGUUGAGAUAUGCUGUUUAAAGAUGACAUUUUCACAUAGUGAGUAUUUGUACCUAAAAUCUUUGCUUUUUGCACUUGUCAUCUUACUUCCUUUCAUGUAAUCCUAGACAAUUAAAGUAUAAUAGUUGAUUCAAUUGGUUGAUGCAUUUUAUUAAUGAAUUAUGAUAAUCCCCAUUCCAUAUAUUCCCCUGUACUUUUCCCAUAAUGUUUCCAUUUCACUACUGAUGUAAAUAUAAUUCAUUAUGAGCGGUUUGCUUUUUUUUUUCUCAGGAAAUUGUAAAUCAGAAUUAAUCAAAUUAAAUCAUAGAACUGAAAUAGUUAAAUAUUUGGUGCAUAUUUGAUCAUGUUAAUAUUUCAAUCAAUAAUCUGUUUAGGCUUUUUGUCGUUUUUUUAAUUGAUAAGAAAUUCAGUACUGUGUGUGAUAUUAUUGUUUGACAAUAUUCUUCAGUGAUUUAUUAUUUAUAAUGAAGGUACACGCCCGAGUGGAGCCAGACAAUAGCUCCCGACGCUAUAUAACCCGUGCGCAGCAGCGUCUUUGCUCAUUGCCUGACGAAGUCUAGCAGCUUGCAGACGAAACGUCGCUUUCACACUACGUUUGCUACAUCGUGAGACAACUGGUUAAUUUCUUCUACUCAAGGUACAUAUACUAAUGAAAUCAGUUUGAGCUUUGAUACAAAUACUGCCAUCCACUGACAAAAGGAAGUAAGUCCUUGGAAUGAGUUUCUGAGUAUAUGACGAAAAUGUGGGAAUAUAGAGAGUUACUUGCUUUUGAAAUGUCUAUAUUUCAGACAUUGGAACUAAGUGACUCCAAUUCCUUUAGCAUCAUGUUGAGCAUACAGAAAAUAAUCUAACUUGUUAGUGGAUGGCAGAAUAGAAAAAAAAAUGGCAGAAAUAAAAAAUAUUCUUAAUUGAGCCUAGAAUCUGUGCUUCUAGAUGAAACAGAUUUGACAAGUACAUGUAUUUUGUCUUCAGGGUUUGUCAUGUGAUCAAUAAAGGGAGACACAAUCGAAUGAAAUUUUUAUUGGUAAUGUUAAUGUAAUAACUUUUCAUAUUCUAAUACAUGAUAUUGGAAACUUGUGUGACUUCUUGGGCUUGUUGAAGAAAGAGUUGCGAUCAAACGCAACUCAAAAAAUCUUGCGCAACUUGAUUUUCAGCCAAUAAAGCACUCGUAUUCGGGAGUUGCGCUUGAUAUUUGAUUUGCGUUUAAAUUUUUUACCGCAUUUCAAAGCCAUGUUACAUUGCUGAGGUAGUAUACAUAAAUAGGCAAAAAAAUUAAGAUACCUUUUACAUAAAAAUUGAUAUAAAUAAAGCUGAUUAAUACAAAUUUGGUGUACUAUGUAAAUAUCAUCUUCUAGUUGCAAUAUAUGUGUGUAGAUAUCUGUAACUUACGACAUAUGUAGUAUAAAGAGGUUUCAUGUGCAUCAACCAUCUCUUUGUAAUUGUGCAGUGAAAAUAAUUUGCCUGUGCUAGCUAAUAUAUAUGAAUCAUUUUUGUGUAUCUGUAUAUAUCGCAAUCAUCCGUAAAAUUUGGUGUGUUUAAUUUAUGAAGGGAAAAUCAAGGUAGCUCAAAGCAUUUGUGUCACUGGAAAGUAAUUCAUUUACAUAUUAAAAUCAAAUUUCUUUUAACUCAGUUAUGUAUUCUAAUUCAAUCUCUGAUGCACCGAUGAGGUCAAUGAAAACUUGUUUAUUCUGAUUUGUGUGCUUAUAAGGCAGUUUGUUUGACAUCACUUGAUGCAUGGUUUAAUAGCAAGAUAAUGCAUCAUCUAGAAGUAUUAAACAGUACAUAAUAUUGUUGGCAUAUUAAAUAGAUGCAAUGUAGAUUCUAGAUAGUGUGCUAAUUUAAAAAAAAAACUCUUCCUCAUCUCAUUUGUCGGUGACAAAAUUUGUUGUGAAAUUCUAUUUUGUAUGUAUGAGUACUUAUCAAUUGUUAAAUUGCAUAUAUAAAUUAAAUUUGUUAAACCAGUGGUCUUAUAUGUAAUGUGUAAAUUGAUUCAUCCUUUAUCUACAGCAUAAAAAAUAUAUAUAUUAAAACAUAGUUAGCCAGUGAAAUCUUGUGUAUUUGUGCAGAAUCUAGAUUCGGCACAGAAUAAUAAUCAAAUUUCAUGUUUGCUAGAAAUUUGUCACGAAAUAGAUGAUUUAGUAUG